AUGGCAGACCGUGAUAUUACCGUUCAAUAUCGAGGGCGCAUUGCCAUAAUCACCCUCAAUCAACCGGACAAACGCAACUCGCUCAACCAAGAGCAGUUUUACUUGCUAGGGGAACGCUUGCGAGGGGCUGCGAGGCACAAUGAGGUGGCCAUCACUUUGCUCAUUGGAACCGGCCGCUUUUUCUCAUCGGGUGCGGACGUCGCUGACCUGGGGACAUUUAUGGCUGCUGCCAAUCGCAGAGAUGUGUUGGCAGGGUCUCUGUUCAACAAUAUUGACCUGACUCGAGCCUUCUAUACCCACCCCAAAAUCCUCGUGGUAGCGCUCAAUGGCCCUGUCGUUGGGUUUCCAGCAGCACUCAUCUCCUUUGCUGAUUUUAUAUACGCCCUACCUGAAUCAUUCUUACUCGUUCCAUUCUCGACACUUGGGCUUGCUGCUGAGGGAGGGGCUUCUCGCGCUCUCAAACAGCGCCUUGGUGUCGCUAAAGCCAAAGAGGCGUUGCUCAUGAGCAAACGGAUCCCUUCUGGCGAGCUACUCGCAUGUGGUUUUAUUAACAAGGUUAUUGAGCUAACGACACCGGUGUCGGAAAAUGCUGGCUCUCGAUCCGAAGAGUUCCUGGGAAAAGUUCUGCAAGAACUAGACCAUGACCUUGGAAGUCAGCUUAACGACUCCAGUCUCCUGGAUAUCAAGCAGCAAUUUUGCAGGGAUGAUAUAAAUGAUUUUAGCCACGUGACCGUGCAAGAGGCAUACAUGGCAGUGGAUAAGAUCAUGGCAGGAGUGCCGCAGGAGCACAUGAAGAAAUUGGCUCGGCGCACAAAAUCCAAGUUGUAA